AUGGACAAGCGUAGAAUCAACUUUUGUGUUCACAUAAGAAAGAAAUAUUUUGGGGAGGAUAACAGACCAAGCACCGGGAUGGGUAUGAUAGUGUUUGCCAUUCCCCUGUUGAUUCCCGGAAUUGUCAUCACUGCCGUGGCAUUCCAAGACGAGACCGGGUUUUCCAGAUUUAGCGCCCUGCACGUAUUUGGCAUGGUUUUGCUGGGUGCAGAUAUCUUACUGCUGAUUGCUGGUAUCGCACUUUGUGUCAGGUUUCAGUCCAAGGUUGUUCCCGAUGAUGCUUUACAAGUGAUAUCAAGCCAUAGAAAGAUUCGUAAAGAAGUUAACAUGGACACAGUUACAACAAUGAGCCAUAGCGAACUUCCACAAAAAGGCACCGAAUUCUCUGCCCAGUGUUGCCCAAGUAUUCCACCAGUUAACUAUUUUCUGAACAAGGAUCAUAAGAAAACUAAUCCUGAACAAAGUGCCUCUACAGGUGCUGCCUUUUCUAGCUUCUGCCAAAAAGAGGUCGCAGGAGCGGCUUAUUCAAAGACAAGUCUUGACAACAACUCGUCUUCUGAUGAAAGCUACGAUUCCGAUGACUGCUUUUCUGGAUCCUACAUAGUCAAUGAAACUAUCAUAGCCGACAGAACAACCCAAGGAAUUGAAUGUGAACGUGAUACAACCAAAGUCCCAAAAACAGAUUUUAGGAAUAUUGCAACCACUGUGGUUAUUUCAGAAUUAAUGAGACCCAAUAAUUUUUUUCAAUCGUCCAAAACGGAUAGCGUUCUGGAGAUUCAAGAAAAUGUUAGCAACAAACUGCAACAUUCUACACAUAGUACUACAGUAUUAAAAACACGCAAGGAAAAUAUGCAGCAUGAGAUUAGUUCACACAUAAAUGACCAUACAAUUGUUUCAGGUGAAACCCCCAACGAAGUUAAACAAGCUUCUGAUAUUCAUAAUACAAACUGUAGUCCCUUGUCCAGAAGAAGAUUACUUGGUUUUAGCUCGGAGAGUGUGUUAACAUUGCCUAAGACGCCUUUGAACCCAGAUAUUUCACCAGUGCCUUCUCGAAGAGUUUUGACACAACAUACUCUAUCACUGGAAGAGAAUAUUGCUGAUAGUCGCUCUUCAGUCUUCUCGGUAGCUACAGAGUUACAGGACUUGGGAAUUAGACAACAGGGUAAUAUAAGGAAGACAGACGACCCACUUUGGUGCUCAGAAAGAAAACAAAACAGUUUUCAGCCUGCUGUCCGGCCAGUCUCUUUUCCGUCUCAAAAUAUGAAAGAGCACGGGAGGGACUUAAAGUGUCUAUAA